AUGGCACCAACCAAGACAGCCGGAGGCCAGGAGCCCAGCGACAAGUUUCUGAAGCAACAGGCACAAGCUCAGGGUCUCGGCGCGGAGAAUGCGUCCGCACACAAAGAAGGCCACGCACCAGGUGAGGCGCCUGUCGCCUCGGACAGCGGCCUGCCAGGCAAGGGAAACACCUACGAGGAAGCAGCGGCCGGCACAGGGAAUCUGACGACCACAAAUGAUGUUGGCACCGCUGGGAUCAAGCCUGCAGAGCCUGGGAGUGCUGCGCCGGGGCCGGAUGUGAAAGGUGCUUAA